AUGGCAGCAGGCAGGAAGAGCAACAGAGCCGGCGAGGGCUUGUGGUUGAUCUUACACCUGUACAAGCAAGGGAUUCCCCUCUGUUCCUUGAUAAACCAGCACUUGAGCAGACUGGCCAGGAAGUUUCCUGAUGUGAAAUUUAUCAAAGCCAUUUUAACGACCUGCAUCCCCAACUACCCCGAUAGGAAUCUGCCCACGGUGUUUGUCUACCUGGAAGGGGACAUCAAGGCCCAGUUCAUUGGCCCUCUGGUGUUCGGCAGCAUGAACCUGAGGAAAGAUGAGUUGGAGUGGAAACUGUCGGAGUCAGGAGCAAUCAAGACAGACCUGGAGGAGAACCCCAGGAAGCCGGUUGAAGAUGUCUUGCUGUCCUCAGUGCAAGGCUCUGUCCCCAUGAGAAGGGACAGCGAUUUCGAGGGCGACUAAGAUAACAGCCACUGUUCCUUUUUGAACUUUCUUGAUAGGACGUAUUGUUUGGAUUUAUAAUAAGGAGGAAAAAGCAAAAAAUUAUCGUAUUUUGGUUUUUAACCUUUUUAUAACUAUUUACAUUUUAUACAUUCAGAAAUCAUCGCUGGAAAUUUUAUUAAAUUCCUUGGAACUCUUUUUAAA